GCAGGAGGAAUCUGACCGACACCCUGCUGCUUCAAACCGCUUCACUCCGCUUCUCUUUGCUCUGGUACAGAAAUCAAACCUGUUACAUUCUCGCCGAGCUUCGCUGCAGCGUUCAGUGCAUGUCUGCAGGUUUAUAGCCCCCCUCUCGCCUGAGGACCCAACAGAGAACCUGACUUUAUCCAAACUGGAUUCCCGGAGCUCCUCACCAUGUCUGCCCGGGUUUAGAUUCUCCAUGGAGCUCUCUAACCUGUACGAGGUCGCGCCCCGGCCCCUGAUGAGCAGUCUGAACCACGGCCAGAACCACGGCCAGCAGCCCUCCUCCGGCUACAGAGACCCGGCAGACCUCGGCGGUGAGAUCGGAGACAACGAAACCUCCAUCGACCUGAGCGCCUACAUUGACCCGUCGGCUUUCAACGACGACUUCUUGGCCGACCUGUUCCACCACAGCUCCCGGCAGGACAAGCUUAAGAUCAUGAACGGGGAGUACGACUCGGUGCAGUGCGGCCCGGGGCCCCAGCAGCUCUACAUGUCCAACUACAUGGAGUCCAAGCUGGAGCCGCUCUACGACCACAACCCGCCGCGCAUCCGACCGGUGGCCAUCAAGCAGGAGCCCCGGGACGACGAGGACCUGAACCCGGGCAUGCCACCCACCUACCACCACCAGCACGCGCAUUCCCAGCAGUACUCCCAGCAUUCCCAGCAGCAGCAGCAGCAGCAGAUGCCGCACCUCCAGUACCAGAUUGCGCACUGCGCGCAGACCACCAUGCACCUCCAGCCGGGUCACCCGACUCCUCCGCCGACCCCGGUGCCCAGUCCGCACCAGCACCACCACCAACACCCGCACCAGCACCAGCAGGGCGGCCUGAAGCUCCUGGAGCAGCAGCGGGGAGGCGGGAAACCCAAGAAGCACGUCGACAAGAGCAGCCCGGAGUACCGGCUGAGGCGCGAGCGCAACAACGUGGCCGUGCGCAAGAGCAGGGACAAGGCCAAGAUGCGCAACAUGGAGACGCAGCACAAGGUGGUGGAGCUGACCGCCGACAACGAGAGACUGAGGCGGAGAGUGGAGCACCUGACCCGGGAGCUGGACACGUUACGGGGCAUCUUCAGACAGCUGCCGGACGGAUCCUUCAAACCCAUGGGCAGCUGAGAGACUACUGAACUCGACUGGAACCAGGACUGGGACCAGACUGGAGUGGACUGGUAUACUGCUGGAUUUAUACACACAAAUGGUUCUACAACUCUUCAUGUGUACGGACGGACUGAGAGCUGUGAGGAGACUGAGGCAGCUGAGGUGUUCACUGCAAAAAUAUCUGAGCAAACCAAUCGUUUUCUCUUUGACUGAGUCCUGAAACUUCGAUUUUCUCUUAAAAGAAGUGGGGAAAAAAAUCUUCUAUCAACUACUUUCCAGUCAAACUUUGGUCUUAAAUGAAAAAGAAAUAAAGUCCUUUACUGUUUUGUAUUGGAUCCAGGUGAAAUCAUCUCACCAUCAUCUCACUAGCUGAUUAUUUCCUACUUGUUCUAAGAAAAUCAGACUUGUACUCACUCAGUCGAAGACUAAAUUACUUGCUCAGACUGUAUCUUUUGCAGUGUUCAUGUGCCUUUUUAAAACUUUUGUGCAAAAGCCAAUAAGCUCGUUCCCCCUGCAGAUCCACACAACAGAGGACUGGUUGUUUUUGUGCCUUAUUUCCAUACAGACUGUGUGCUAUGACACACUCAACUCACAUAUCAGAGCAGCUAAGGUAGGGCAUGGUGGUGAUGAUCCCAGAUCAGCCUGUUGUGCAUGUUUUUCCUUAAUUAUUUUUGUUUGUUUUAUACAAGUUACCAUCUCCAUAUCCUCUCCUGAUAAACUAGAAUUUGUCUUUAUAGAGUUAUGAAAUGCAAAGUGCACACUGCUUUUAUAUAGGCUCAAGUCUCUGUGUAUAUGUACGUAUGUUUAUUGUCUUUCUGCAGAUGCAUGGAUCUAUGCUCAGUUUUUACUUGUUUCUCCACAUAAUGAGGUGCAGGGCUGUCAGCCCGCUCUGGUACGAGCUCUGUCUGAUAGUAUGGGUGGGCAAUAUGGACAAUAUUUGUGAUAAUAAGCGUAACAUUAUCUGUGCACCAGUGAUCACAUGAUAAAAGAGUCAGUUCAUCCCUGAGUCAAAAUGCUUUUAAUGUUUUAAGAGACAGAAAAAUCCUAUAAUUUUCACAAAAUGUCAGAUAUUUUAGCUGCAGAUUUUGGUCAAAUGUAACUUUUUAUUCACUGAGACAUGACAACUGUGAACCACCAUAACAUCUCCAUACUGUUCCUGACAGACAAAAACCUUGUAUAUCCACUUUUUGAUUUUUUUUUCAUGCUUUCAAACAAGUUGAAGUUAAAGGUUUGGAUCUGUGCACUAUGAUACAAGAAAAUGCUUCAUCUUCCUGCUCAAAAAAAAGGUGGGUCUUCUCUCUAAGUUCCCUAAAUGCUGAUAUUGUGGAGAUACAAGGUUUUUAUCUGUAUGAAUGAUAAUAAUUGAGUUAUUGCCCAGCCCUGAGUCUGGUGAUUUAAUGCCAAAGUGAAAAAUACAAACACACAUAAAAACAAAGACUGGAAUUGAACCUGUGGUACCUGCUUCAUCGUGUCACCGUCCAGUGGAAACCAAGUAUCUCCAAACCUGCUGGGACAUGUUUGUUUAAUGCUCACAAAGAAGCAUUUUUAAAUAAGAGUUUUGAAAAAUGAGCCUAAAACGAAGAGAAUUUCCUGCAGACGAUCGAAUCUGUCGCUAAACUCUGCAAACACAGAGAUGAGUGGUUUUCGGAGGACGGUGGCAGUAAAAGCAGCUCUGUCGUAUGCACUAUUUGUAGUCGAAUGAAGCACAGUGUUGUCUUUGACAUAUACAUGGGUACUGAUGAAAAGAAAAAAAAAGAAAAACACGCCUCGCUCUACAUACGUGUAUUUAUGUGAAAAAAAAAACAAAACAAAAAUGAAAUGACAAAAUGCCUAAAGGGUUUAAAAACAAAAUGUGAAAAGGGUUUCUAUGCAACGUCUCUCUUCCUCUUUUCCACUGUUGUAUCAUCACACACACACACACACACACACACACACACACACACACAGAGUGCCUUCUGAUCCUCUGAGAUGACCUUUGACCUCUUGCUGAUCUGCUCGUUGUGGCUCUGUUGAAAGAUUUUUAAAAAUUGAUGAUUUGUGUCAGCGAGGAAAAAGGAAGCACUUUUGUUUUUGUUUUUUUUACAAACUGAUGAUGUUAAACCAAUGUUUGUUUCAAAGGUCUCAAUUGUAAAAUAUGCCUAUAUCUAUAAAUAUAUAUAAAUAUAUAUAUAUAAAAUACCAAAAAAUCUGAAUUAUUAUAAUAAAAGAGCUCGUUUUAUCACA